AGUCUACAGAUUUCAGAAAAUUUGAGAGGGUAGAAAUGUCUCUGACCAUGAAGCAGCUGCUCACUGAUGCAAGGAAACUUUCCAGCCGCCUAAGGGAGUGUGAAUCUACAGCUGAUCUUGUGAUAUCACAGUCUCAGGCAACCUUAAAGUCUGUAGAAGCCAUGAAAGAGUAUGAUGAUGAAAUGGAAUACCUGUCGGAAGAAACACGUCAACGUCCACGAGCAGUACUUGUUCAGGGGAUUCAGCAGGAAAAUCGGCAUAUCCGAGAAUUGCAACAAGAAAAUCGUGAGUUAAGAGCAGCUCUGGAAGAACAUCGAAAUGCACUUGACCUCAUCAUGUCCAAGUAUCGACAGCAUAUCAUCAAGCUCAUCCAAGCCAACAAGCUUGAUGCCAAGCAGCUUCGAAUUCCCGUCCAAGAUUCUACAAAUAUGUUGAUGGAGAAAAAUGAGAAAAUCUGUGAAAUGGCAUCAGUGAUGCAUAAAGCAAUUAUGAUGGAUGAGGAAGCAGCUGCCAGAGAGCAAGAACUUCUCACCAGGCUUGUUACAGAGAAUAAGGGCUUGAGAGAAUUGCUCCAGAUCUCAUGCAAGAAUGGUUCAGUGAGUCAUCCUAUUGUGAGCCCAACCAAAGAUGACAAGGAAAUUCAGACAGACAUGGAAGUGCCUGAGAAUACUCCAAGAAGUCCCAGCACAGACAAUGCAUCUUCAUCUGCUUCUUGUCAUGAUGCAGUUGCUACUAUGAAUUCAAGUAGUGAAGUGAAAUUAGUGAAUGAUGCUGCUGUUUCAGCGGAUAUUUUAAGCUCUGCUUGUGGUAUGGACAUGAAAAUUGAAUCAAAACUGAAUGAAAAUGCCUCUUCAUGAUGGGAAAACCUAUGAUGUGAGAAAGUGCUCCUCCUUCUAAGCUUGGUGCUGCAUCUGUAUGUUCUGCAUCCAACAAAGAAAUGCCUGAACUAUUUGUCACCCAUGGAGGAUUUCUUUUGCUUUGGCAUUGACAUUUUUAUUUUCUGAUUUCUCCCCUUUCCUCCAUAUUAUUAAUAUAUAUUAUUAGUCAGCAUUCAAGGUAUGCUUAUUUUCUUUCAAAAUUGAAGGACUAAGCAUGUAACUGGGAC